UUUUUUUGUGACCCAGCUAGUAAUCAACUCUUCCUUUCUGCAAUAUUCAGCUAAAAUUCCUGUAGAUCAAAAACUGAAAAAAGUAGAAAAAUUUUGUUAGUAUUAAAUUUGAAUUCCAGACCGCCGAGGAUGCCGAUCAGUCAACAGGAUUUCACCAAAAGCCGCACGAGCAAUACAUACUUCAGCUAUGUUGAUCAGCAACUGGGCAGCAAGUUCCACAGCAGAGGAUCAUCCGUGGAGGAGCCGAGCUGCGAUCACUGGCAGUUCUGCGAGAAGGUGCCCAAUCGCUCGGACGUGGAGGCCGACUCCCUGGGCAGUCCGGUGGGUCUGGUCUGCUCCAAUACACCGGUGAACAAUCCCUGUGGAUCCCCGCCCGAGCAGCAGGAGGCGAAUGUCCUCAAUUUCGCCACCUACCUGAAGGCCUUUGCCUUGAUCUAUGUCCUGCCGGAAGUCGACUGGACGGCCGAGAAGAUCGACAUGCUGCUGGAGGAGGGCUCCGAGUUGUUCCGGGCCAGUUCCGAAAUGGAUCAGCAGCAGCAGGAGGACAAUCCGGAGGGUAGUAAGUUGUUCCAGCCGGAGAUCUAUACCAACGAGGAGAAGCGGAUCAAGAGGAACUUCAAUCUGGAGGGGCACACCUUUACGCUGGCACUGGAACCUCGUUAUCUGGGCGCUGGAUCAAAGCCUCUGGAUCAACAGCCCUCGCAUACGAUCCAGAAUUUGAAAACCAUUCUGGUAGAUUUCUUCAAGUCCAGUCGCUACUGUCUCCUGCUCACCCGAGUUGGCCACCUGCUCGUCUGGCGGCGCAAGAGAGUGUUCUUUGUGCUGGAUGUGAAGGGCAGGAGGCGGGAUGAUCUGCAGAUGGUCGAGAACAAGGGAGUGGCCAUGCUGGUGUGCCUGAAGACCAUAGACAAUGUGGUCCAUUUGGUUAGCAACUUGAGUGGCACUUCGCCGGCGGAUGAGUUCACCAUUCGGGAAUUGGUGGUUGUGCGCCUGGAGACGCCCGAUGGACGCAUCUAUAUGCGCGACACCAGCCACCGAUCCAUCGAAUUCAAGGUGGUGAACAAGAGCUACGCAUAUCUGAAGGGCACACUGCAUCUCUCGCUGAACGAAAACGAUCCGGUGAGGAAUCGCAGCAGCUUGAUGGUGGCCGUUGCCUCAAUCCUGGCCAGCAAAAUCGAUCACCCCGCAAACUGGGACACCAACAUGCUGGACCGUUUGAUCUGCUACGGUGUGGAGCUAUGCCGUAGCUGCUGGUCGGAUUGCCUGAGGGAUCGACGACCCAUCGAUCUGGACACCUUUCCCACCCAACUGCGCCUGGGUCAGUUUGUGCUGGAGCUGAAACUGUUGCCGAUGGUGAGGACGGGUCACUGGCGCUGCGGCGUCCGCAUCCUGCACACCGACUUCGAGGCCCAUGUGUCGCAGGCACUCAGGGAGUACGCGAAUUUGGUGUUCCAGAUCAACAACCAGAUGUACGCCAUGUGGACCAAGGAUGAGUUCUAUUACCUACUCGAUCCCUAUCGCCACACCAUCGUGGGCACCCAUGUGGCCGAGGAUGGGGCGGGCAAGUGGGCCACGGUGCGCAUGUUCCGCGACCAGCUGACCAUGCUCAGCGUGUUCCACCAGCUGCUGAUGGAGUCCAACCGGCAGUCGGCCUACUAUCUCCAUGUGCUCCGCAUCCGCAAUCUCGCCGAGUGUCCCGAGGGCUAUGCCCUGGCUCCGUUGCCCGCGGAUGUGGACAACUGCGAUGUGCAGUCCCUCAACGAACCCAUCUUUUUCAAUGAGCAACGAGGUGUGCGUGUGUGCGAUCGAUCCCUGGCCGAGAUCAGCGACUACGAGGAGGAUGUGGUCAGUCUGAUGGAUGAUAAAAAUGACAUUGAGAAAUUGCAAAUCCUGGACGAGCGACAUAAUGCUGGUGCAGAAGGUGAAAUGUGCGAGGAGGAGAUGGAAACCAAUCCCCUCAAGAAACACAAUAAGUCUGCGAAAGGAUCAAAAAGUAAGAGGUGUGAAUGUCGCAUUACACCCUGCAGAAAUACUUGUUUCCAAGGCUCAACAAAAUCCAGGACAAGCAUUCUCAAAAAGGAGCAAGUAGAAAGGAAAAAGCUGCUAUCCCCGGAGAUUAAAAAAGGAACAUUUGUGAGAUUUUCUAGGCAAACUGGAGGUGGUGCGAAGUCCCCUGAGCGUUCCAGAUCUAGAGAGGCCCUAUCACCUGGCAGGAUCAUUAGAAAACAUACAAAAAUAACCAGACAAACUGGUGGCAGGUCCUCACCCCGUUCCUGCUCCAAAUCCCCAAAACGUUCUGGAUCUAAAGAUGAACCAUCUACUGGCAGGAUAACCAUUAAGAGCUUUCCCAUGGAGGCACUUUCAAAGGGUUUGGGCCAAAAAGUAGGUAUCACACAAGGAUCAACCGCCAGGGAAACGGGUGGAGGCACCACCAAGUCCCCUCUUGGUUCCAAAUCUAAACGAGUUUCAUCUGCUUUAAGGAAUACUCAUAAAAGUUCUCCAAAGGAAGUAGUCGAAGUAUCAGUGGUCAAGGAAACGGCUGGGAGGUCCUUCAAUCAUACUCCAACCAAGUCCCCUGUUCUCUCCAAAUUCAGAAGAGGAUCAUCUCCUGGCAGGAGCUCUCCAAAGGAAGCACCCCCAAGAUCUAUGCCCAUUGAAACGAGUGGGAGGUCUCCUAGCCCUUCUUCUACUAGCUCUCCUUUUCGUUCCAAGUCUAGACAUGGAUCAUCACCUCAUAAGACCAUGAAAAGGAGUAUAAAAAACUCCAGGGAAACUGCGGGCAGGUCAUCCAGCCCCACUCCCCUCAAGUCCCCUGAGCGCUCCAGAUCUAUAAAAAAGUUUGUAAAAACCACAUCUACAAAAGGAUCAUCUCCCGACAGGACCACUAUCAAGGGCUCCCCCAAGGAAUCCUCUUUUAGGAGAGUAGUUUCUAAAGUAGUUAACGCCGAGGAAAGAACCUUUCCAGAUACAGCCACUAAGAUAAUUGGAGAUGGGGUCAGUAAAAGUUCCAAUCCAAAGCCAAUGACCAGCAAUGGAUCAAACCAUGAAGUUGAGGCUUCCACAUCCGCUGAAGGUGAACUGCUUAUGAAGGAAACACCCACUAAAAGGUCAGAACUCAAGACCUCCACAUCCGCUGAAGGGGAAAUGCCUCUGAAGGAAGCACUGAGCAAAAGGUCAGAACUCAAGGAAUCAACAACAAGGAUCCUCGCUCGAAAAGAUAUACUCCAGCAAUCCGGGGAUAUGUCCAAAAGUCUGGGAGUGGCACCUGUGGCCAGUGCCCACUUGAUUACGCCCACUGCCUCGGGAUUCACCCCUGAAUUGGACCACAUUGAGAACUCUUCUCUUCCCGCAAUGGAAUUUCUGAAUAUUGAGGAACUAAAUGAGGACCCCGCAAAAGGAGCGGAGAGUCCCACGGAGAAAGGCGAGUCCCGAGUAUCUUCCCUUAGAUUUCCCGGUUUUAAUAGGGUGCCCCAACUGCUGGCCGUCGCCGGAUCCGAAAGUGGCACCGUGGAGAGCCUCAACCGACUGCUCGGCUCCGCCUUCAAGGUGGCCAAUCGGGUGCUCACGAUGACGCCGUGGGGCAACUACGUGGUCUUCCGGCAUCAUCCCACCCACGGUGCGGAUUCGGUGGCCACCUGGUUCUACGUGUUCGAUGGCUGCACCUGCGACAUCGAUCGCUUUCGCCACUUGGAUCUCACCACCGGCACAGCCGGUUUGAUAGCAUUCCGCAAGCAAUCGGAGGUGGUGUGCCACAUCAUCGAUUCGCGGAAGGAGAAGGCCCUCAAGAACGUGUCCAUGCCGCUGGAGGAUUCUCCUCACAAAAGGCUACAAAAGCUGUUGGCUCGUUGACGCUCGAAAAGGUCCACCUUACGAAAUUUACUUUUCAGCUUGUGGAUUAAACAAUAACUGUCUUACAAUUAAAACAGAUUUUUAAAGUAAAA